AUGCGUGCGCGUGCAGCCGCCGAGGAACGGCGGAUCGAGCCCAGGCUGGAGUCCACCUGGCGGGACAUGCACACCACCAGCCUCCCGCACUGGAACCUGAGCACCAUCUCCCACAAGAUCUUCGAGACGGAGAAGGGCCUGCACGACGUGCGCUUUGAGCUGAACUCGGAGGCUGGUCUGCUGGAUGCCCCAGACCUGCUGUGGGAGCAGGCGCUCGCGGAGCGGCUGUACGACCAGGUGGUGGCCCACUUCGACGUGCGGCGCCGCACCUCGCUGCUCAACGAGCGACUGAGCCACUCGAUGGACUACCUGCAGAUGCUGAGCGAGCACGUCAGGCACAAGUACUCUCGGGCGGGCGGUGACGGGGGGUGA